AGAGAGAAAAAAAAAAAAAGGGAAGUUUUUGAAAGAAGAGGAGCUGUCCCGAAGUGUAUGGAGAAGGUCUAUCUCGGCAGAAUCAUAGUUUGGAUGAGCUGAGUUCUUCGGAUUCAACCAUUCUUCAACAAUGUAUUUGAAAGAAGGAUGCUCCUUAUUGAUGAAGAUUCAAAAACCCCUAAUACCCUUCGUGCUAAAUUCCAACCCCAUCAUCAAUCCCCGUGAUCCCAACAAACAACAACUUCUGCAAGAAUCCGACGUGCUCAAACGAUUGAAAACGGAUCGGAAUCUCUCGUCGGCGUUAGGAUUCUUUACCGCCAUAGCCAAUUCAAAUGCCUUCCAGCACACCGCAUCGACGUACAGAGUCAUGAUCGAGAAGCUCGGCCGUGAAUGUGAAAUGGAUGUGGUGCAGUACAUUUUACAGCAAAUGAAGAUGGAUGGAAUUAAUUGCUGUGAAGAUUUGUUCAUAUGUAUAAUCAAUGGUUAUAAACGCGUUGGCUCCGCCGAGCAGGCGCUUAAGCUGUUUUAUCGGAUUGGAGAAUUCGGCUGCAAGCCGACGGUGAAAAUAUACAAUCAUCUUUUGGAUGCAUUGUUGAGUGAAAACAAGUUUCAGAUGAUUAAUCCAUUGUAUAAUAAUAUGAAGAAAGGUGGGUUAAUUCCUAAUGUCUUCACAUAUAAUAUACUUUUGAAGGCGUUGUGUAAGAAUGGUCGGGUUGAUGCUGCACACAAGCUGUUUGUUGAAAUGUCAAAUAAGGGAUGCCCACCCGAUGCGGUUACGUAUACGACUAUGGUGUCUUCACUGUGUAAAGCUGGCAAGAUUGAUGAUGCUAGAGAGCUUGCGGGAAGAUUUAAACCGAAUGUUCCUGUUUAUAAUGCUUUGAUUGAUGGGAUGUGUAAAGAAGGAAGAAUUGAGGUAGCAAUUAAGUUGUUGGGUGAAAUGAUGGAUAAUGGAGUUGAUCCCAAUGUGGUCUCGUAUUCAAGUAUUAUAAAUUCUCUUUGCGUUUUUGGGAAUGUUGAAUUGGCUUUUGCAUUAUUAGCUCAAAUGUUUUCGAGAGGUUGUGAUGCUAAUAUCCACACGUUUACGCCAUUGAUAAAGGGUUGUUUCAUGAGAGGAAAAUUGUAUGAAGCUCUUGACUUGUGGAAGCUUAUGAUACGAGAUGGUUGUGAGCCAAAUGUAGUUGCUUACAACACUCUGAUUCAUGGUCUUUGCAGUAGCGGGAGUUUGGAAGAAGCCUUACAAGUACGUGAUCAGAUGCAGAGGAGUGGCUGCGUCCCUAAUGUGACUACUUACAGCAUUCUAAUUGAUGGUUUCGCUAAAAGUGGUGAUUUGGUUGGUGCAUCCGAGACAUGGAAUAGGAUGAUAUCUCAUGGCUGUCGUCCUAAUGUGGUGGCUUAUACUUGCAUGGUGGAUGUUCUUUGUAAAAACUCAAUGUUUGACCAAGCCAAUUCACUUGUGGAGAAGAUGACUCUUGAAGGCUGUACUCCAAAUACUAUAACAUUCAACACGUUUAUCAAAGGUUUAUGUGGAAAUGGAAGGGUAGAAUGGGCAAUGAAACUGCUUGAACGAAUGCAAGGACAUGGGUGUCUUCCUAAUAUCACAACUUACAACGAGUUACUUGAUGCUCUCUUCAGGAUGAACAAGUAUGAAGAGGCUUUUGGGCUAUUUCAGGAAAUUGAAGAAAGAAAUUUACAGCCGAACUUAGUGACAUAUAAUACCAUUUUAUAUGGUUUUUCUCGGGCUGGCAUGAUUGGGGAGGCGUUGCAGCUUUUUGGUAAAGCACUUGUGAGGGGAACUGCCCCUGAUUCCAUCACGUAUAAUACAAUGAUACAUGCCUAUUGCAAGCAGGGGAAGGUUAAGAUCGCAGCUCAAUUGGUGGAACGAGUUAGUUCUAUGAAGGAGUGGCAACCAGAUAUCAUUACAUACACUGGCCUCAUUUGGGGGGCCUGCAAAUGGAUUAAUAUAGAAGAAGCCAUUGCUUUUCUUGACAAGGCAAUUAAUCAAGGAAUCUGUCCGAACUUUGCCACAUGGAAUGCAUUAAUUCGGUGUUUCUUCGACUCUUUAGGUCAUAUGGGACCAAUUCAUAUUCUGGAUGAUAUUUUGAGAAAGGGAUAAGAUGGCCGAGUUUGGAAGAUGAUCAAACUAUCAACUUCAAAUCUUGCUGUGACCUCAUAUUACAUAUAUAUUGAGAGAUUUUUUCUUGAACCCACUUGUAAUUCUCGACAAAAAAACUGGAGGAUUAUGUUCACAAUCAUCAGGUUAUGCCCAUCUUCUCUUGCUCUCUAAAUAGAUUAGUGGUGAGUCAACUUACAUGGCGCUCAUGCCAGUGUAGCAACAGGCCAAUGUUAAGUUCUCCUCGCGGCACACUCUCGUUAUCAUGGAUAGCAUCUUCUUGAAGUGUGUUGUUUUAUUGCAAAAAUGAAUCGACAAGGUAAUGUCAAAUCUUCUGGCCUCAGUCAAGAUGCGUAUAUCUUUUCCCAUAAAAUGCAUUAUUUGUAGGUUUGCGCUACAUUCAUUUUAACGUGUUCUUUUUUUCCUUUUUUUGUUCUAAUGGAAGAAUCUUAAUAGGAUACAGACUUUAAUCGUGAUUACUAUUGGAACAUUUUUUGGUCUAAUUAUUACUAUUAUUUCGGUAGAAGAGCUAGGAGGAGAAAGAUGACUCCAUGACAAAGCAAGUGAAAUCCCUCUUUAUUGAUGAUCUAGAAGUAGAAAACACGUAGAAUAGCAUUAUUUGCUAUAUGCCAUGGACUUAGCAAUGUGGCCAUCGGCUCCCUUUGGAUAGAAACCCCCAGGAGCAUGUUCAUUACCCCCACCAUACACAAUCCUUAGAAUCUCCUGAGGGGUUCUUGGAUAUGCGAGUGAGUCCUUAUCUCCAGCAAGCACGUUCCCUGUAAUCUUACCCUCAGCACCCUCGUUUUUGGGUACCACAAUGCCUUCAUCUUUUAUACCUGCGCGUCCUAACUUAUUCCGCAGAUCUGAAAUGCGAUGUGUGAACACGGCCACUGUCACUCCAUAUGGUUCAACCUUUUCUGCUGCACGUUGAUAAAGCAGUGCUCUGAUUACUGCAUCUUGACCCGAUUCAACACCCAGAAGUCCUGCAACAAGCUGAAACAUUGGCUCGUGGAAUUGUGGUCAGUGUAUGUAAGAAUUAAACUUGUCUUUGAAUUUCAGGGAAUAUAAAAGGAAUACUAAGCAUUCUUAGGGAUAUUAUAAAGUAUUUUAGUGAUUAGUUAGAGAGUUCGUUAUGGAGUUUUGGUUAUAAAUAAAGAGAGUAGGAAAGGAGGGCGUUAGACGCUGAUUCAAUUGGUUGAGAGUUUGAAUGAUCUUGUAAGUUCGCUAACACUUGAGUUUAUCUUGUAAGUUCAUCUUUUACAUUGGAGUAUAAUUCUAGUUUUCUUUUGGUUCUAUUAGAAUACCUUCUUGGCGACAGCAGAUUCAAGUCUUGGAUUUGCUCCAACAUAGCCAGUGAGUCCAACAUAAGGAAUCAGGUAGGAUGCGAGAAGGAAAUUCAAGGCAUUAGCAUAAGGAUCAAAAGGUGGUCUCAACUGAUGACCAAAUGCUUUAUCCAUCACUUUGGCAAAUGACGCUGAACUCAAGUCUAGCAAUGGCCUUGGAAAUCCUUUGACUGUAUUUUUAAUUGCCCUGCAUAAAUUGUGUGAUGUGAAAUGACCUGCAGAGACUCAUAUGAAAGGAAAAAGUCAUUAGUGGAUGUCAACUAGAAAAAGAGAAAAAAAACCAAUACCUCACAUGACCAACUUCUUGGUAGCCGAAUUGCAAUAUGAUGUCCCUGAUGAAAGGAUCCAACUUAGCCCUUUUAGCACCAAUAGGAGGUGGCCCUCCCAUGGUUAGAUUUGGUGCAACUUUAUCCAAACCAUAUCCCAGAGAACCAUAUAAGAAGAAUUCUGCUUCUAGGUACUCUAAAUUCAGUGGAAAUUCUAAAAGAUCAACAUCUCCUUGGGGAAUGAAAUUGUUCUCUCCUCUGACAAUUGCAUUACAAUGAAUUGGCAAAUGAAGGAUGAUGAGGUAGCUGACAGCGGCAGCGGCCACUUACUGCUUGGAGUUGGUAAAUAAAUGAGAAGAUUAGAUGGCAGGCAGAUGGGGGCAGAUUUAAAGUUUGAUUGCCAUGUUGAUUUGAUAUGCUGACAACAAGACCAACUGAUGCAAGAAAAACAAGGUAAGUAGGUGGGUUCUAACUUCCUCAUGAAUGGAUGUUGUCUUUGCAUGGCCAUUAGGCAAUCUUGUUUUAUGAUUACCAAACUUAAAACUCAAAACUCAAAACAUUGGUUCUACUCAAGGAAAAAAUAAUUCAAUCAGCUCGUCUGUCUUAAUACCACUGUCUAAUUUCGAGUUACUUCACCCUACAACUAAUUGUGAAAAACCAAUUAAUCACAUUGUUAUUGCAAACAAUUUCUUUCAUUCUUUCCCAA